GAUCCCGUCCCAUGGGUGCCUCCACCCCCCGCCACCAUUCCAGCAGCUCGACCCUCCCGCGAUCCCUCCUCGCCAAGCGGAUCGUCACCUUCGCGCUCUACGCCCUCAUCCCGCUCGCCCUCCUCCACUACCUCAUCUCCCUCCCUUCUCCUGCCCAUCAGACCGCCGCCGCCGCCACCUCCUCCUCCCCGUCACCGCCGCGGGGCACCAAGGUCGCCGCGGUUAAGGAGAAGGCGGUGGCCGCGGGAGCCAAAAGGACGCGCGCGGCGCCGCGGUGCGACUACUCGGAUGGGGCGUGGGUGCGGAGCGCGGCGGCGCCGCUGUACAACGGGACGAGCUGCGGCGGGACGAUCAAGGCCGGGCAGAACUGCGAGGCGCACGGGCGGCCCGACGCGGGGUACCUCCGCUGGCGGUGGCGCCCGCGCGGUUGCGCGCUCCCGCCCUUCGACCCGGCCGAGUUCCUGCGCCUCGUCCGCGGCCGCCACGUCGCCUUCGUGGGCGACUCCCUGGCGCGGAAUCAGUGCGAAUCCCUCGUCUGCCUGCUCAGCUCGGCGUUCCCGGCCCACCUCGUGCGCGGCGCGGGCGGCGGCGACGGGGACGGCGACGGCGACGAGCUCCGCAAGUUCCGGCGGUGGGCGUUCCCGUCCCACGACGCCACGGUGUCCGUGUUCUGGUCACCGUUCCUGGUGAACGGCACGGAGAAGGCCAAGGGGGGAGCGGCGGGGCUGGACCACAACCGGCUCUUCCUGGACCAGCCCGACGAGCGGUGGGCGGCGGAGCUCCCCGGCAUCGACGUGGUGGUGCUGUCCGCGGGGCACUGGUUCCUGCACCCGGCCAUGUUCUACGACCGCGGCGCCGUGGUCGGGUGCCACCACUGCCCGGAGCCCAACCGCACGGAGACGGGCUUCUUCGGCGCGUUCCGCCUCGCCGUCCGCGGCGCGCUCCGCGAGGUCGUCCUCCGCGGCGCCCGGGCGCAGCAGCAGGAGUGGCACGGCCGCCGCCCGAAGCUGGCCGUGGUGACGACGUUCUCGCCGGCGCACUUCGAGGGGGACUGGGACAGCCCGACCGCGUGCGCGCGCACGGAGCCGUACGCGCCCGGGGAGCGGGGGAUGGAGUACAUGGACGGCGAGAUGCUCCGCGCCGAGGCGGAGGAGGUCACGGCGGCGGCCGCGGAUGCCAGGGCGCGCGGGGCCGGCGUCACGGUGGAGGCGCUGCGGGUGACGCGGAUGGCGGCGCUGCGCGCCGAUGGGCACCCGGGCGCGUACAUGCACCCGUUCCCGUUCGCCGGCGGCGCGAGGGAGCGCGUGCCCAACGACUGCGUGCACUGGUGCCUGCCCGGGCCCAUCGACACGUGGAACGAGAUCCUGCUGCAGCUCGUCAAGCGCUGGGCCGACGGCGCCGGCGCCGACGCCGCCGCCGAGUCCUCGUCCUCGUCGCCGUGAACCUACUUUUUACCACGCUCAGACUGAAGGGACACUAGUAGGACGGGGAAUCGGGUUCUAACGCCCUCGGUAAAAACGAGCAGCUGAGGUUUUUGGGUGGUGGUAGUAACAGUUUGAGUGGUUCUGCAGGUUCUUUUGCGCUUGUUGUAUUGCUUUCCGUCCUAGGAAUGAUGGAAUCUGGAAUUAGAG